AUAACAAGGAAGAUUUUAUCCCUAUCCGAAAUGAUGGAUUUAGGAAUACCAUGUCUCCAUACCACUUUAUCAAUGAAGGCUGCAGCUACUUGCUUUGCAGAAAAAGGAUGUUUAAGAGUAAUGAAAUAUGCGUACUUGCUCAAACGAUCGACCACCACCAUGAUCACAUUUACUCCCCCACCUGAGGUGGAGGAGUUGGCCUUUCUUGUUAAGGACAACCUCCCCAGCAAGCAUCUUAUUCUAUCAAUGGAAGAAACCUUCAUCAACUUUCUUCACGAUGAAACCAGCAGUUCAGAUGGAAUCUUGGAGUUGAAACCAAUGGAUUCAUACAACCGUCUUCUUUUGCAUCGUCUUGCCGAUAUUUUUGGACUUGGCCACGUAUCAGCUGGUGAAGGUGAUAAUAGACACUUGGUUUUGGAGCGAUACCCAGAGUCAUCGAUACCGUCCAUUCUUGUGAGUGAUAUUCUGUGGGAGUAUGAUGAACCUCAAAUGUCAACGAUACCACACCAACUAUUAAGGAGAAAGGAAACUUCUUCUGCAAGUUCAGCAAAAUCAUCUCCUCAACGUUCGCUUGAAGAGAGAGAAACAGCUUAUCUGGCUGUCCGUGAGCGAAUAUUCAUGACGCACAUUGGAGAGGACAAUGAACCCUUGAAACCAAAGCCACGCUGUGAUCCUGCGGUUGCACGACGCAUGAUUGCACAUGCACUGGGACAGCGAGUUAAUUCAUUUCCAGAGGAUACUAAUUGCCAUCGCAAAGUGCAAGGAGGUGUAGCAAACAAUGCAUACAUUCAAGCAAGAGAUUCAAAGUUGCCUAAUUCUACUGUGGAAUCCAUUAACAAAACCAUUUCACAGUCGGAUCAAUGUAUGAACUUGAAGAAUGAGUCGGAUAAGACUUGUAAUCCAAACGUGUCAUUGGCAAGGGGAAGUACUGCUGCCAAAAUGAAACCUGACAAGAGUUCUCCGAAGGCAAGUCAUGAUGUCGACAAUGAGCACUUAAAGAGAGAACAUUUAGGAGCUGCAAAGAGGAUGUUUUCUCAGGCUUUAGGCAAGCACUGCCGAAAGAAUGAAUCUCUUCAAACUCGUUGUGGGGAAGCAGAUUAAAAUGGAAACAAAGAUUCAAAUACAUCUGCAGUAGCUAUUGUUUUCUGGCAUGAUCUCGUCCUACUCACAACUUUGAGUUGUCAGGAUCCCUGGUGCUGCUAACAUAAAGAUGAAUGGGACUAUGUGAUGACAAAUUUGUCUAUGUCGCGUGGCCAAUGGUCGUCGACUGUGUCAAUGGCGUGAUGAUCAGGGUUGGAUGCAACGCCUAUGGCUGCUAUCAUGUUGCCAAUUCAGUUGGCAAAUAUGAAAUCUGACCUUGUGUUCUCUAGCUUAUAUACUGGGAAUUCAAUCUGGUCGUCUAAGCAGCACUGUAUGAGGAGUUUGAACUAUAUGUUCGGAGCGGAGUUGUGAGGAAAGGUUGUGGAAAUCCUGGGAUCUAUGUUCACUGAUUGAGAGCACAUAGUGGGUUGUGUCAGGUUAACGUAGAGGUUUCUAACUUGAAUUUGUGCUGGUACUUGAUUGUUUAUAGCCUCUCUCUCAUCUUUGCUUAUGGCAUCAAAUAGCAUCUUUUGGUUUAUGUACUUGACUCGAUGAUAUCGAGCAAUGCAUUUUGUUCUAUGUGAGAUUGUAGUGGUUGAAUUUUAAGCUUUAUUGUUCCUUUGAAA